CAAUGCGUUUGUUUAGGCAGUAGGGAGUUUCUGCUGGGGUCUGGAUUGGAGAUACAAAGACCGGACCCUACCUUGUAUGAUUGGAGUCUAAAGAAAGAACAGGAUUCCCCUUGCCUCAAAGAGUCUACAUGUCUAAUAUUUAGACAUGUUCAGCUUUGUGGAUAUUCGGUUAGUGCUGCUGCUUGCAGCAACAACACUUCUGGCAAGAGGUCAAGGCGAGGACGAUCAAAGUGGCGGCAGCUGUACAUUGGGCGGCCAGUUGUACAAUGACAAAGAUGUGUGGAAACCGGAACCCUGCCAGAUCUGCGUGUGCGACAGCGGCACAGUAAUGUGCGAUGAGGUCAUUUGCGAGGAUACAUCUGAUUGCCCCAAUCCAGAAAUCCCUUUCGGCGAAUGCUGCCCAAUCUGCCCCGACAAUGGUCCAGGGCCACAGGGACCCCAAGGUGAUGCUGGCCCCAAGGGUGACAGGGGUCUUCCCGGUCCCCCUGGCGGUGAUGGCAUCCCUGGACAGCCUGGACAGCCUGGCCAGCCUGGCCCUCCUGGACCCCCUGGCCUCGGUGGAAACUUUUCUCCUCAGAUGUCUUACGGCUAUGAUGAGAAAUCCGGAGGUGGUGGAAUGGCAUUGCCCGGCCCCAUGGGUCCCAUGGGCCCUCGUGGCCCCCCUGGCCCCCCUGGUCUGACUGGACCCCAAGGUUUCCCUGGCCCCGCUGGAGAGCCUGGCGAGCCCGGCGCUUCUGGUCCCAUGGGUCCCCGUGGUCCAUCUGGCCCCCCUGGAAAGAAUGGAGAUGAUGGUGAGGCCGGAAAGCCUGGACGCCCAGGUGAGCGCGGUCCAUCUGGCCCUCAGGGUGCCCGUGGUCUCCCCGGUGAGAGAGGUCGCCCUGGAUCCCCUGGACCUGCUGGUGCUCGUGGUAACGAUGGAAACGCUGGUGCCUCUGGUCCACCUGGUCCCACUGGCCCCGCUGGCCCCCCUGGUUUCCCAGGUGGUGCUGGACCUAAGGGAGAGACUGGACCUGCUGGAGGCCGUGGCUCUGAGGGACCCCAAGGAUCCCGUGGUGAGCCCGGUAACCCCGGACCAGCUGGACCUGCCGGCCCUGCUGGCAACCCCGGAUCUGAUGGUGCCGCUGGUGCCAAGGGCGCUCCUGGCGCUGGUGGUAUUGCUGGUGCUCCUGGAUUCCCUGGUGCCCGUGGAACACCUGGAGGCCCUGGACCCGGUGGCGCUCCUGGCCCCAAGGGUAACAAUGGAGACACCGGUCCCCAUGGAGCCAAGGGAGAGCCUGGUACCAAGGGAGAGGCUGGUCCCGUAGGUGCUCAGGGUGGACCUGGCCCAUCUGGAGAGGAAGGCAAAAGAGGUGCCCGUGGUGAGACUGGUGGUGCUGGACCUCGUGGACCCCCUGGAGAGCGGGGAGCACCUGGUAGCCGUGGAUUCCCUGGUGCUGAUGGAGCAGCUGGCCCCAAGGGUGCCCCUGGUGAGCGUGGUGCCUCAGGUGCUGCUGGACCCCAGGGUGCCACAGGUGAGGCUGGCCGCCCCGGCGAGCCUGGCAACCCCGGAUCCAAGGGUGUGACUGGUAGCCCUGGUAGCCCUGGCCCCGAUGGCAAAACCGGCCCUGUUGGUGCCCCUGGACAAGAUGGCCGCCCUGGACCUGCAGGCCCCGCUGGAUCCAGAGGAGCUCCUGGAGUCAUGGGUUUCCCCGGAUCCAAGGGAACUGCUGGUGAUGGUGGAAAGCCUGGUGAGAGAGGCACUGUAGGACCCGCUGGUCCUCUUGGUGCCCCUGGCAAAGACGGUGAUGUUGGUGCACCUGGUGCCCCUGGCCCAGCUGGACCUGCUGGAGAGAAAGGCGAGCAGGGGCCUGCGGGUGCUCCUGGAUUCCAGGGUCUGCCCGGAGCCCAGGGUGCUACUGGUGAGACUGGCAAGUCUGGCGAGCAGGGUCCUCCUGGUGAGACCGGUGCGCCCGGACCAGCUGGAUCAAGAGGCGACAGAGGUUUCCCAGGAGAGCGUGGUGCCACUGGUGCAGUUGGCCCUGCUGGUCACCGUGGUUCUAAUGGACCAGCUGGUAACGAUGGUCCUAAGGGUGAGCCUGGUGCUGGUGGAGCCCCAGGUGCUCAGGGUGCCCCAGGUCUUCAGGGAAUGCCCGGUGAGCGAGGUGCAGGUGGCAUGCCAGGUGCCAGGGGUGAGAGAGGUGAUGCAGGUGCCAAGGGUGCUGAUGGUGGCCCCGGAAAGGAUGGCCUUCGUGGUAUGACUGGUCCCAUCGGUCUUCCUGGCCCCCCUGGUGGCGCUGGAGAGAAGGGUGAGGGUGGUCCCGUUGGCCCUGCUGGUCCUACUGGCGGCCGUGGUGCCCCUGGUGAGCGUGGUGAGCCUGGUGCCCCUGGACCUGCUGGAUUCGCUGGACCACCUGGUGCUGAUGGCCAGCCUGGUGCAAAGGGAGAGACUGGUGAUUCUGGUCCCAAGGGUGAUGCUGGUGCUCCUGGUCCCUCCGGCCCUGUUGGAUCAGCUGGACCACAGGGUCCCGCUGGUGCAACUGGACCUAAAGGUGCUCGUGGUGGUGCUGGACCCCCUGGCGCUACUGGUUUCCCUGGUGCUUCUGGUAGAGUUGGACCCCCCGGCCCUGCUGGUGCUGGCGGCCCCCCUGGCCCCACCGGACCUGUUGGAAAGGAGGGACAGCGUGGCAACCGUGGUGAGACUGGCAUUGCUGGUCGUAGUGGUGAGCCUGGCCCAAUUGGCCCUGCUGGACCUCCUGGCGAGAAAGGAGCUGCCGGUUCUGAUGGUCCUGCUGGUACUGCUGGUAUUCCCGGACCUCAGGGUAUUGCUGGACAGCGCGGUAUCGUGGGUAUGCCUGGACAGAGGGGCGAGCGUGGUUUCUCUGGCCUCCCCGGCCCAUCUGGAGAGCCCGGUAAGCAAGGAUCUGUUGGCCCCUCUGGUGAGCGUGGACCCCCUGGCCCCAUGGGACCCCCUGGACUGAGUGGUGCUCCCGGUGAAGCUGGCCGUGAGGGUUCCACUGGUCAUGAUGGUGCUCCUGGUCGCGAUGGAGCUGCAGGCCCCAAGGGUGACCGUGGUGAGUCCGGCCCUGCUGGUGCACCUGGUGCCCCUGGACCUUCCGGAGCUCCUGGUCCCAUGGGUUCAUCCGGCAAGACUGGAGAACGUGGAGAGUCUGGUGCUGCUGGUCAAGGUGGUCCUGCUGGUCCCGCUGGUGCCCGUGGCCCCGGCGGUCCCGCUGGAGCACGUGGUGACAAGGGUGAGGCAGGAGAGUCUGGCGAUAGAGGUAUGAAGGGACACAGAGGUUUCAGCGGACUUCAGGGUCUUCCCGGACCUUCUGGCACCCAUGGAGAGCAAGGACCUGCUGGACCUGCUGGUGCCCCUGGACCAAGAGGACCUGCUGGCUCAGCCGGUGCUGUUGGUAAGGAUGGCAUGAAUGGUCUGCCUGGCCCCAUCGGACCCCCUGGACCCCGUGGUCGUGCUGGUGAAAUGGGACCUGCUGGUGCUCCUGGCCUUCCUGGACCUCCUGGCCCCCCUGGUGCUCCAGGUGGUGGAUUCGACUUUGGCUUCAUUUCCCAACCCGCCCAGGAGAAGGCCCCCGAUCCCUACCGCAGCUUCAGAGCCGAUGACGCUAACGUGGUGCGUGACCGUGACAUGGAGGUGGACACCACCCUCAAGACCCUGAGCCAGAAGAUCGAGAACAUCCGCAGCCCCGAGGGGACACAGAAGAACCCCGCCCGUGCCUGCCGUGACCUGAAGAUGUGCCACCCUGAGUGGAAGAGCGGCGAGUACUGGAUUGACCCCAACCAGGGCUCCGCUCUGGAUGCCAUCAAGGUCUUCUGCAACAUGGAGACUGGCCAGACCUGCGUCUCUCCAAGCCAGGCUGAAAUUCCCAGGAAGAACUGGUACACCAGCAAGAACCCCAAGGAGAAGAAGCACAUCUGGUUUGGCGAAUCAAUGACCGAGGGCUUCCAGUUCCAGUAUGGCAGUGAGGGUUCUGAUCCUGAGGAUGUCAACAUCCAGCUGACCUUCCUGCGUCUGAUGGCCAACGAGGCCUCCCAGAACAUCACGUACCACUGCAAGAACAGCAUCGCCUACAUGGACCAGCAGACUGGCAACCUCAAGAAGGCCCUGCUCCUCCAAGGCUCCAACGAAAUCGAGAUCAGAGCCGAGGGCAACAGCCGCUUCACAUACACCGUCAGCGAGGAUGGCUGCACGUCACACACUGGCGCAUGGGGCAAGACGGUCAUUGACUACAAGACAACGAAAACAUCUCGUCUGCCCGUUAUUGACAUCGCUCCUAUGGAUGUUGGUGCAAACAACCAGGAAUUUGGCAUUGAAGUUGGCCCUGUCUGCUUCUUGUAAAAAAAGAAAUCUGGACUUGAAAAUGUUUUUUUCUAGCAGUCAUCUCUCUAAAGUGUUUUUCUAUCCAUUAAAAACGUAAGUUUCAUUCGGCCACAAUUGAUCAACUUGCUUAAAACUACAUUCCUGAGGACGUGUUUGUGUGUUAUCGAUUUAAAAAAGAAACACAAACUUUGGGACCACUACUUUUGCUGACACCAACAUCAAGGACACUUUAAAAGAAUCAUUCGUUUCUCUGGCAACAAGAAAAUAAUAUAUACUUGUAAAGUGUAAAUCCCCUGGAGUUAAAAAAAGAACUAACAUGAGAUACAGGUGACUUUUUGCCAUUUUUUUUACCACUGUGGAAGGACAAUGAAAAACAAAUGCUAUGUACCAUUUUCUGGUGUUAAAUAAAUUUGAAAAACGACAGUGAAGUGUCUUGUUGUUCUAACCACAAGGAGAGCUAUCACCGGAAAUGUGCUGUUCAUAAAAGUCACAGGAGAAAUGGUAGAGAAACCGGGGUUUGACUUCAUCUUGAAAUCUUAUGGCUACCUCAGCAAAGAAAUGUUACCAAAGUAUUCCGUAAAAACACCAGGUCAGAUUUUUACUAUGGUUGAAAAAACAAGCAACAACUGUCAAAGGUGCUAUUUCUUCAUAAGGUCCUGUUUGUGGUGUGUGCUAAAAUAUAUUUUUAGUCAUAUAUGAUUGUCAAUUAUACUUACAGGAUCUUUGGUGCUAAUAAUUUUAAGAAAUGUCUUGCUGUCAGAGUUUCGCAAUUGUUUUUUCUUUAUAAAGUGUGAGUUCAAGACUCUACAGCAGAGUUUGGCUGAAAGAUGGUUAUUGUAGAUAUGAUGCGUAUGAGCAUGUCUGGUGUAGAUUAAGCAAGUGGAUUUGUUUCAGUUCACACUAUUUUUUCACCACUCGCUGUCACCCCGUUUUGUUUCUUUUUGUUUUGUUUUUGUUGUUUGUUUUUUGACUGCUUCUGUUGUCAUCUCCUCGCUCUUGGCAAUACACAUCUUUCACCCUUUUGUUUCUGUUUGUUUUCUUUCUAGCGAACGUUUUUAAAAAAUGAAAAUGAAAAAAAGUAGAAAAGAGUAAGGGAAAAAAAUCAGAGAAGCAGGCACACUUUGGGAGUUAAAAAAGGAUCUGUACCUAUUUUGUAUAUGUAUAAUAAUUCGAGAUGUUUUUAAUUAUUUUGGAUGCUGAAAUAAAGCAUGUUAAGUGGUCUA